AUGGCUGAAUCCCCGGGCUCCCCGCUCUUCGAAAGGCGGGAAGCAAUCGAUGAAAAGUUCGAAGACCACGAACUCAAACAAGGCGAGAAAAAGAAGAAGGUCCAGCGCGGUGACGACGCCCAAGCCGAGAAUGCCUCCGAUUCAGACCCCACAACUCGUGAAGAUGCCCUCAAGGUAGAAAAAGCCGGCAAGCGCGAGCUCACAGAAGACGAAUGCUACGAUAAACUGGGUUUUUGCUUUCCCACAUGGAAGAAGUGGACAAUUCUGUCUGUCAUCUUCAUCGUGCAGAUGUCCAUGAACUUUAACACCGGCGUCUACUCCAAUGCCGUCACCGGCCUGACCAAGGAAUUUCACAUCAGUGAACAGGCCGGUCGAGUAGGACAAUGUGUUUUCCUCGUCGCCUACGCCUUCGGUUGUGAGCUGUGGGCUCCCUGGUCCGAGGAGUUUGGCCGCUGGCCCAUCAUGCAGCUCUCUCUGUUCCUGGUGAACAUUUGGCAGAUUCCCUGCGCCCUUGCACCUAACUUCGGCACCAUUGUCGUGUGCCGUAUUCUCGGCGGUCUCUCCUCGGCCGGCGGCUCUGUUACCCUAGGCAUGACCGCCGAUAUGUGGGAACCGGAUGACCAGGGCUUCGCCGUGGCCUACGUCGUGCUCUCAUCCGUCGGCGGCUCAACCAUCGGUCCCUUCUUCGGCGGUAUCAUUGGCGAGUAUCUCAGCUGGCACUGGGUAUUCUGGGUCCAAUUGAUCUUCGGUGCCGUCACCCAGAUCCUCCACUUCUUUUUAGUCCCCGAAACCCGUGCCACUAUCCUCGUCGACCGCGAAGCCAAACGCCGCCGCAAGAACGGCGACGAAGUCUACGGGCCCGACGAACUAAAAACACCCCGUCUAGACGUCGGCGACGUCCUCCGUCUCUGGCGCCGUCCCUUCGAAAUGUUCCUCCGCGAACCUAUCGUCCUCUUCCUCUCCCUGCUCUCCGGUUUCUCCGACGCCUUGAUCUUCGUCUUCACCGAAUCCUUCACCUUAGUAUUCGGCCAAUGGAACAUGUCCGUUCUCGCCGUCGGCAUGACCUUCGGCUCAAUCAUAGUCGGCUACAUCCUCGCCUACCUCAUCUUCCUGCCCGACAUCUACCGCCAAAUCCGCCUCCGCCACAAAGAAGGCGCAGCCUCCCGCCUCGCUGAACGCCGCUUACUACUUCUCCUCUUCAUCGCACCCCUCGAACCAAUCGGCCUCCUGGGCUUUGCCUGGACAUCGAUGGGGCCCCCAAUCCCCUGGAUCGCACCUCUGAUCUUCGCGUGCUUAAUCGCAAUGGCCAACUACGCCAUCUACAUGGCUACAAUCGAUUACAUGGUCGCCGCGUACGGACCAUACUCUGCAUCCGCGACGGGAGGUAAUGGCUUCGCAAGAGAUUUCUUAGCGGGUAUUGCCACCAUGUAUUCGACGCCUAUGUAUGAAAAUAUGGGUGGCAAGUAUCAUCUCCAGUGGGCUAGUACGUUGCUGGGAUGUGUUGGAUUUAUGGUCCUGAUUCCGAUUUAUGUGUUUUAUUGGAAGGGGCCGGACAUUCGCGCGAAGAGUAAGUUUGCGCAGGAGCUUGAGGCGGAUAGAGUGCGGCAUGGGGAGAAUCGGAGGGCAAGCUCGGCCCGUCCUUAUGAAUCACAGCGUGAGGCUUGA